AUGAUAAUAAAGAAUGAAAUGAAGUUGAAUAUAUUGCUAUACUUGCAGGUCUCGAGAGCGCAUGCCUACAUUCCGAUACUGAAGCAGAUUUCGAAGGAUAUGAUCGAGAUCUGUGAAAGGACACAGGCUCUCAAGAAACGAACAAGACAACUGGAAUCCACAGAGUUAUCACGGGAUUUUUGCUGCAAAGCGACUCCAAUAAUGUGCCAAUCUCAUCAGGUUUGUCUUCGAGCACUUGUCUAUUCACCAUACGGAAACUUCUUUUUGUCUGGAUGCCACCCCGAAGAGGAUCAUCUGAGUGGUUGUGACUUCCAUUCACUUCCACACAACUCAUCAGUUCACCGAUGUGUGUGCAAAGACGGAGAAUGCCAGAACGACUUUCCGGGAGACUGCCCGAUUAAAGGAAUCACCGACACUACAAAACCAGUAAUAACCACCACUCUGUCUCCAACGUCAACACCUCCAUGUCUGAUUGCUCGGAAUAGAACGAAAACGAACUCGGCCCGCAACCGCCACCAUCACAAUCACAGUAUGACGAGCAGCUCAGCCGUAUCCUCCACAAUUCUUCUCUCGAUAUGGGUCAUCGCGGUUACAACAAUCUGA